AUGGCACCAUAUGAGGCUUUGUAUGAACGCAAGUUUCAAACGCCUUUGCGUUGGUAUAAGGACGGUGAAAGUAUGAUUGUAGGAUCUGAGAUGGGGGAUCAUGUGUUUCUGAGAGUCACACCUACUACUGGAGUUCACAAAGCUAUGAAAUCGAAGAAAUUGACUCUGAAAUUCAUUAGACCACAUAAGAUUUCUGCACGAAUUGGACCUGUUGCUUAUCGAAUUGCAUUUCCUCCAAUACUGUCCAAAAUUCACGACGUAUUUCAUGUGUCGCAGUUAAGGAAAUACCUUACAGAUAUGUCACAUGUGAUCAAACUGGACACAAUUCAACUAAAGGAUAACUUGUCGUUCGAAGUAUUACCUGUAAGAAUUGAUGAUAGAAAGAUUAAACGAUUAAGGAACAAGGAUGUUUCGUUGGUCAAGGUAAUUUGGAACCCAACUACUGGAGAUGCGAGUUGGGAAUUAGAGAGCAAGAUGAGGGAACAACACCCUGAGUUGUUUAUCGAUGUGUUGUUUCGAGGAUGA